ACUCAGAAUUCACCGGAGUUUUAGACGACCAGUGCUCAAUUUUAUUUCUUUUAAAUCCAUCCUAUUUCUAAGUCAGUUUCUAUUUGAAAAAUUGAAAAUUAUCAUUUUUCAAGAUCACAUCUAGCACCCAGUGACAAAAUUGAUUAGCAGGAUGGUUUAACUAGCGUCGAGAGGGAGAAAUUCACGAAUUUUUGAAAGGGGGUACAACUUCUAAAAGAAACUGCUCAGUGCGCCGAACGAUUUGUUCUUCAAAGUUAAUCUAUUCCCACAUUGAAAUCUUUAAAAUUAUCGUCAUUUCAAGGCUGCAUCUAACACCUAGUGGAUUAACAGGCGUCGUGGAGGAGAAUAUUGAAGAAUAAAGAAGAAAAAUACAAAUUUUUGAAAGGUGGUGCAAUUUUCAAAAGAAUCUGCUUACUUAGCAGAACGGUUUUGUUUACAUUUCACCGUCUUCUUCUUCUUGAUUUUCUUCUCGCAAGUCUUAGCCUUCCUCAUGAGGAAAAUCUUUUGCAAAAAGUCCUUGUGCAUGACGAUGGCGGCCGCCUUGUCCGUGUUUUUGUUCGUCACGGUGUCCAGGAGGUCAUUGGGAACAUGGGAUGCUCCUUCCCGCCCGACGUUCCCAAUCUACGUGCUGAUACUGAGUUCGAUCCCACGCAGCGGCUCCACCUUCCUAGCGGAGAUGCUCGCCUCCCUGGAGGGCUCGGUCCUCUUCUUCGAGCCCCUGUGGCCCUUGGAACGCGGACCGUGCAUUAAGGACGACGCCUGCGUCGAGGAAUUCCUGUUGGACGUCUUGAAGUGCAACUACACAGGAGAAUUCGAAGCCUGGCUUAGGUCUAAGCAUAGGUUCCUGAGGUACUUCAACCCAGAGGCGUCCCGUUGCAACGACCUCGAAGGGCGCGAGAAGGAGCAGUGCAUCGGGAACCUGGUCCUUCGGGAGACGUGUUCCAAAAGCCCUGUCAGGUUCGUCAAAGUCGUGAGGGCGCGGAUGCACUCCUUCUCGAAGGUCAUGCUCGAUCCCGAGGUCAACUUCAAGCUGAUCCAUCUCACCCGGGACCCUAGAGGAGCCAUGGAGUCCAUCGUCCAUUUCGCAGGAUGGAACAAGGACCCCGCAGAGCGUUGCAAAGGGCUCGAGCAGGACCUGGAUACCUACGAAGUCUUCUCCGACCGCUACCCUUCGAAAGUCCACCGGGUCUCCUACGAGAGGCUGUGUUUGCACCCGUUGGAGGAAGUCUCCAAGAUCCUAGGCUUCAUAUUCGACGUUCGGCCGUUCGUGCCGCCCUCUGUGAAGGCGUACAUCGACGAUCACACGAAGGUGAUGAAGGACAGUGACCCCCUGAGCACUUACAAGGUCAGCGAGAGGGCGUACUUCGCCUGGCGCUGGAGGAUAAGCGAAGGGCUUCUCAAAAGCGUGGAAGGGGAGCCAACUUGCCUUAGGCCUAUCCAACGGCUCCAACACACGGUUUUCGGGUCCUUAGAGAGAGUCAGGAAUGUGAGCCUACAGCUGUUUGCUCCUUAAAACCACAGAAAGUCAGGGAUAUGAGUCUACAGCUGUUUGCUCAUUGAAACUGCAGAGUCAGGGAUGUGAGUCUACAGCUGUUUGCUCCUUAAAACCACAGAAAGUCAGGGAUAUGAGUCUACAGCUGUUUGCUCCUUAAAACCACAGAAAGUCAGGGAUAUGAGUCUACAGCUGUUUGCUCCUUAAAACCACAGAAAGUCAGGGAUAUGAGUCUACAGCUGUUUGCUCAUUGAAACUGCAGAGUCAGGGAUAUGAAUCUACAGCUAUUUGCUCCUUAAACCACAGAAAU